CUUAUUUUAAUCCGGAUCUCUGGAGUAUCAUGUCUGCUAAAGACUCUUUUGCUGCUGCACUUAGGAACUUGGGAGGUGUCCAUGUGCCCCCAAAGCCCCAGCCGAAGAAGAAAUCGGGGAAGAAACCGGGGAAGAAAGGGGAGUCCGGGUCCUCUCGCCAGGGGACGGAAGGGACCGGGCAGUCGAGUGCUACCCCGGAUGCUACUCCGGAUCCUAAACUGCGGGUGGAGGAUCCGGAGUUGGUUGCUGAUGCUGAGGAGGUGGAGAGCCCGGUCCACGAGCCAAAGAAGAAGCGGAAAAAGACUGAUUCUUCUCAGAAGCAAGUGAUUGACAUGACGGUGGAGGACCCGGGUAGGUCGGCUAUGGAGGUGGUGGAUCUUGGAGUCGAGGUUGGGGGCGGUUCCCGGCCGGCUCCUAAGUUUGGCAAGUACCCGGUUAAGAAAGUGCUCGGGUUGAUGUCCGAACUUCCCUCUGACCAAGACUGGGAGAUGAUGGAGGAUGAGGGUCUCGCCACGAAUUUCAAAGAAAUCGGGAACUUGUGGGGUCAGCUUGGUGGUCGUCUGGCCGGGUUCAAUACUCAUGCAUUGAACAGCUUGAAGCAGGAGAGGGAUCUUUCCGUGAAGAGCCUCGCUCGGGUCACGAAGCUGGAGAAGGAUCUGGAUGUGGAGAAGUCAGCCCGGGAGGCUUUGGAGUCCGGGGUGGCUUCUAAGAUCAAAGAGGCUGAGAUCCGGAAAGAGGCUGAGCUGAAUCAGAAGAUUAAGGAUGCUGGGACCCGGGCUGACAGCGCUGAGAAGAAAGUCACCGGGCUGGAGAAGGAGGUGGCUGAUCUGAAGAAGCUCUUGGAAGGGAGAGAGGAACCGGCGAAGGUUAUUGCGGAGUUCCAGGAGUCCACCGCUUAUGCGGAUGCCUUGGCCGCUGCCGGAGCUCUCGAAGUUGUCCGGUGUUGGCAUGUUGCCGAGCGGCACAUCAAGACUGACCCGGAGGCUUCCUUGCAGAGCUUUAUAGAGCUCUAUCUGGCUGCUAAGGACAAAAUUAAGGCUGGGAAGGGAGAGCCGGAUCCUUACGAAGGCCCUUCUCCUAGCUUUCUUCCUCCUGCCAACCCGGGUGUCGAUGGCGAUCUAGAUUCUUCUUCUGCUGAUUCUGAGCCGGCUGAUGAGACUCCGGUUGAGAAGACUCCGGCUGAUGAAACUCCUGCUGAUGAGACUCUUGCUGACUGAUCCUCUUCUCUUUCCAGUUUGUUUAUAUUUGACUUAAGAACAAUGUUUUUUGUAAGACUAAGAAUGUUUGCCCGGGGUCUAUUUAGACCCGGGUUCGUUGAUGUUUGGUUGCUGAUUUGAUCGAAUAUUUUCUUGUCGUAUUUGUUUGUGAAUGCUUUCUUUUUGCUUCGUACAUUUCUUAUCCAGAUUGAUUGCUUUAGAAUAAUUAUGCACUUAGAAAAUUUUUCUAAGUAGAGAUGAUACAGGUGUUGCCGGGUGGAGUAUGCCCGGAUUGAUUACUUAUAAUGAUUGCUUAAGUAUGUUUGACUUAGAAAUUUUUCCAAGCAAAUAAGAUAGGUGGACCCGGGAAGAGCUUACCCGGGUUGAUUGCUUUGUAUGUGUUUGCACUUAGAAAAUUUCCCAAGUAAAUGAAAUGGAUGGACCCGGGCAGAGCUUACCCGGGUUGA